AUGCUCGUCGCGCUGCUGCUCGCGGCGGCGGCCGGUCCCGUCAGCGGCGUCGCGCUCCGCGAAGGGAGCGUCGACCGCACGGAGCCGCGGCGCCCUGGCAGCCCUGCCGGCAAGCCGCGGGUGCUCUUCUUCGUCACGACGUACGCGUCCGACGAGCACAUGUCGUACAUGAGGUGCCAGGCGGAGCUCUACAGGCGCGCGCCGAGGCUGAGGGAGACAGACGCACUCCUGCACGUCGGAGAGGACGAGGCGUCCACAGCGAGGCGAGCCCGGGAGUGUCACACGGACGCCUGCGUGCACUCCAGCCGCGCGGCAUGGCAAGAGCUGUUGAACGCGUGGCCCAUGCCUACCAAGAUGCUGAAGUUCUCCCGCAAUCCGGGCAAACAGCCUGGUGCGAAGAAGGCGAUGCACGAUGCCCUCACCUCUGGCUGGUUUUGGGGGUAUGACUGGGUGAUACGCACGAACCCGGACGUGAUCUUUUAUGAUGAUAGUCGUAUGUUCUCUCUCAUGGAGCGUCCGCAGAAUUGGGCAGUGGUCAUGAAGUGCGGCAACACUCAAACCAACACGGAUUUUUUCGCGGUUCGUCCGGACCGCUUGCCAGUAGACGCAUUCUCGGAGUGGAAUUCAACAACCCCCGACGCCGAAGGGCAGGCGAACCAGGCGUUCCGGCAGAUUUAUGAAGAGGGCGCUUACGCUUUCCUGAAGCCCGAGGGCCACCAAUCUGGAUGCCACCUAAAGGACGGAGGCGUGUACCACGCCCACGCCGAUCCGACGUGCGAAUUGGUGCUGGACCGACAAGGAUGGCAGCAGUCUUUCAAGGGCGGCAUCAAGGAUUACCAACACAGGGGCGCACUAGUACCAAAUCCUUGGCAAGAGGCUUGGCGGCUUGGCUCUGAGGAUGACGGACGAUGA